UGUACGACUCGCCAUACAUUUCAAAUUGCCCUGCUGAUGAAAAAUGUCGGGAACACCAGAACUUCAAAAGAGUGCCGCCAUUGUACGGAUAUCAGAGGAGGAUAUCAAAUCGAUAUCAGAGGAUCUAAGGCUGAAACUCACACUGGAAGAGACUAGCGCCAUCUAUGAGUUCUGUGAUGGCACCUGUAAAGACUACCAAAGGGUUUACGAGUUAACAGCACCGACCCCCACCGUCAAAUACCCCAGAACCCCCGGGUAUAGAGACACACAGGACGACUCGUGGUAUUACCGAUGUGACAUUAAAGGAGCGGAGAAAGGACUUUUGGCGGGAAAAACUGUGGCCAUUAAAGACAAUGUGACUGUGGCGGGGGUCCCAAUGAUGAACGGAAGUAAGCUCCUGGAGGGGUUCGUGCCCGACAGAGACGCCACUGUAGUGACCAGGAUACUGGAUGCAGGAGGUCGCAUUCUGGGUAAAUCUGUGUGCGAGGACUUGUGCUUCUCCGGAAAUAGCUGCACUUCCUCUACCGGUCCAGUCAAAAAUCCACACGAUCCCACAAGAAGUGCAGGUGGUUCUAGCUCGGGCUCGGGUUCUCUGGUUGCAAGAAAAGUAGUAGAUGUUGCUAUUGGAGGAGAUCAAGGCGGAUCCAUACGUAUUCCCGCCAGCUGGUGUGGAAUUGUGGGAUUGAAGCCGACCUAUGGUUUAGUGCCAUACACUGGCAUUAUGCCAAUAGAGAAGACGAUCGACCAUGCCGGUCCCAUGGCCAGGACUGUGGAGGACUGUGCCGCUUUACUAGAGGUGAUUGCUGGCUACGAUGACGGGAAUGACCCUCGCCAGUUCCCUGCAGUACCCCACCCACCCUACUCUAAACUGGUAAACGACGGGAUCAAAGGAAAGAAGAUCGGAAUUCUGACUGAGGGAUUUGUGGAUGUAGAAGAAGACUUAGCGAGGGUCGUCAGACAGAGGGCCUUGACCCUGAAGGAGGCGGGGGCGGAGGUGUCUGACGUCUCCCUCCCUAUCCACAUGGACGGUUUAGCCAUUUGGACACCGGUAGCCUUUGAGGGGACCUAUCAAAUGAUGAUUAAAGGAAACGGACAUGGUUACAACUGGAAGGGUUCAUACGAUCUCCCACUGCAAGAGGCCUUGGCGGGGGCAUAUAACCUUCGACCUUUCGACUGCCCCCUACCGGUCAAAAUAGUCAUGAUAUUUUCUGAGUACAUGCAGAGGAAUUACCAGAACAAGUUUUACGGCAAAGCCCAGAAUCUAGUCCAGCAUCUGACGAGGGAGUACAACAGAAUUCUUAAGGAUUAUGACGUCAUAGUCAUGCCCACACUUCCAGCCAAGGCAUUCAAACUUCCAUCCAAAGGACAUUCCGUAAACGAGACUCUCAAACUGGAGUUGGACAUGAUCAGGAACACUGCACCGUUCAACGCCACCGGGCACCCCGCCCUCAGUGUCAACGCCGGCCUCAGCGAGGGUUUGCCCGCAUUGCCCUGUGGGAUGAUGAUAGUGGGCAGAAUGUUUGAUGACCUCACGGUUCUACAGGUCGCCCGAGCCGUCGAGAAAACCUUUGAGGAUAAGUAAUUCGCGUGGUAUAUACUCCCCAAGUCUACAAGACAUUAUUGAAAAACUUGGAUGCGUGCCAUUUUCAUGUUGAUAUCAUAUUCUAGACAAGCUUGUAAAAUCAAAAUUAUAAUCAACUCUUGUUGAAUCCUUACAUUAAUGUACUGUACCAUAUUGUUACGUUUAUACUCUAGCGACAAUUUCAAUACAUCGCUGCUUAAGGAUUCUUUUUCUGAAUUUAGAUAUAUUCGUGUAAAAACUCUGUAACAUUUACGCAAAUGUGUAGAUGUCUUACAUUAUGUACACACGUCUUUUUAAUUUUACUUUACAUGUUAUAUAUAUUGUAUUUUUGCCGUUUAGCAUUACGUGAACCUGUAGAUACACAUUUUGUGGGGUUGUCUUAAAUAUUACCCAUAACUCUAUAAUCACUUUGCGAAUGUCAAAAUGUGUUUAUUUCCAUUUGGAUAUUUUUCUUUACAUUUCCAACUGUCUUUUUGUCUGUGAUUACAUUACGAAUCAAUUUUGAACCCAAUAACUCCAUUAAACAUGAGUGGCACAAAAUGGGCGUGUCUCAUACCAUAACCGACAAACGGUAUUGGCUGCACCGCGUAGUAAUACACAGCAUGUGCUACGUGACAAAAUAGGGGGUUUAAAGUGUAUGAUUUGAAAAUAAUAUGAAUAUAAGUCAUAAGGAAUCGUUCUUUGAAUAUUAUGAAGUGAUAAUUUCGGUCGGAACGUUGUCAAAUCUAUAAUAAAGCCUUUCGGACUUUAUUGGAUUUGACCACGCCCCGAUUGUUAUUAUCACCUCAUAUUAUUCAAAGAAUGAUUCCUCAUUCCUUAAAUAACAACAUACCGUGUUUAUUGUGUUGGUUUUUUUUAUUUGGCUUCAUGGAAUGUUGACUUCUCACACAUAUGUUACCCAACCAUGAACCUUUGAACUAAAUUUUGUAUGAGCCUUUGAAUCAUAAUUAUAACCUUGCAUCUAGGUAACUGUAAUAUCGGCAAAAUUAAAAUAUUUGUCGUAUA